CAAGCGCUCAGCUUCAGAAAAUGACGUUGCAUUAACAUUUGAUAAUAUACCCGUUAUCAUACAGGAAUUACUCAUGCUUUCUCACAAGCUAAUCCGCGCUCUUGAAAAUAAGUCAGAACACCACUGUUACUGAAACAACUGCAUUUCAAAACGUAAUCGAUAAAAAAAAAAAGGAGACGACAAUAAAUGCUUUCUGGAUUAUUUCUCUAACGGUCUAAAUGAAGAUAAGGUAUUAUCAGCCUCAUCAGUGAGAUUCUAGAAUUUGAAAACUAUUUCCAGCUUUGCAUCAUGGGAGUUCUACAAUCACUUGUGUUUUCAUUGCUGAUCUGUGGCCUGAUUGGGAACACUACAUGCUCCUGUAAUGUGACUGACUGCUUCACAGACUACAAAAGCUCACUGAGCUGCUUCUGCUCUGGCACCCUGCCGUCCUCCCAGUACGAGCUGUUAACUCAGUGGGAUAACUACCCGUGGAAUUCAAGCUGUAAGCUGGAGCCAGUUGAAAACGAUUCUGUGGCAAGGCAUUGGUGUGUUAUGAGUAUGGAGGAUCUUUUAACAAAUGACAAUUACACUGUGUGUGCGCGGAAAAUGAGCAGCGAGGUGGAGGAGGAGCGCACAGGGUGUGCCUAUGUGAGCAUUGCAGAGAACAUAAAACCACCGGCACCUUUUAACCUGCGACUAACAAGUGACGACAAGGGUUGCAAUAUCUCGUGGGAGAUGAUCUACACUGAGGGGGAUUUCCUGAAUGAUGAGCUGGAAUACGAGGUGCGCUACAAGAAGAAGGAGCAGUCGUGGGAGAGCCAAACUAAGAAACAUAUAGAGGAGGACCAGAGAAACAUAUUCCUUCUGUUUGGCAAACUGGAGGACUGCUCGAUGUAUGUUGCUGAAGCCCGGGCCGGACCCAAAGAAAGCAGCGGCUAUACUGGUUCCUGGAGCGAGUGGAGUUUGCCGGUCACUUGGAAGACUCGGUGUAAAGGCAGGCCGCUGUACAAGAUCUACACACUGAUGGCUCUGGUGGUGGUGCUGCUUGCUGUGGGGCUCUUAGUCGAAAUUAGAACAAAAGGGCUGCAGAAGAAGCUGUGUGGCCUCAUCCCCAGCCCGGAGGAUUUCUUCAAGCCACUGUAUGUUCUCCACUCAGGGGACUUCAAGAGCUGGGUCGGCCCUGCCUGCACAUUUUCAGCGUUCGACUUUGCUGAGAACACGGCAAUUCCUGUCGUGAACGUCCAUCAGGAUUUCCAGAAAAAGCUGUGUGAGAUUGAGGAGGAGAGCUCAGGCAAGCAUUUGGGGGGACAGGGCAGGAGCAGAGACUCCAAACUCUAUUUCUCCAGUGGAAGCGUCAUGACUGACGAGAGGGACAAAUCCACAGGUCAUGUUUCCAUCGACACGGUUACGGUCUCCGACGAAGAUGGGCUGCAGUGUCCUCGGUAUCAUGAGUCCGAACAAGAAACCUACAAGGUCGGCCGGGGCAGUGGCAUCAGCUUGGACUACCCAUCUGCUGGGGAUCUAGACGGCUCCAGCAGCUCUGAGGAGGACAGUCUGCUGGGUAGCAGGAGGGGCGGCAUGGUCAUCUCGUCCGGCUGUGUGUCAGUGGAUCAAAGGAGAAGCCACGAGGCAACAAACUCGAUGCAGUCGCCAACUCUUGGGCAACUAUUUGACUCCCAUGAUUGGGAGCCCGAGCCUGGAAACCUGUACCCUCGGCGCGAUGCGGAGAGCCUCUCGCUUGAUUCUUUUGCCUCCAACGUUCGAUCUGAAGAGGAGUACGGCUACCCAAGAAUAGACCUGGAUACUAUUGACAGUGGCUUCGUGGAAUCAGACUGCAGCAGUCCGGUGGAAUCUGAUUUUGACAGCAAGGGCCAAGUGAAUUGCCCCAUUUUGAUUGAUGAAGACCACUCAACGAACUACGUGAAACAGUGGGUUGCGUACACGGCCACGACAUCAGACGAAGGCUGUUCUACCAGUUAAAGCAGUCUUUCAUUUUCAAAACAGCAUCUCGUGGUGAGGGGUUUGCAAUGGCCUCACGCUUGAAUUGUCUCUUGGGUAGUCCUGUUUCUGAACAUGCUGGUUUAUGGUGUACCGGUGACAGUAAAUAGGUCACAGACAAACUAAAAAUACUACCUUGAACUUGAGUUUUUUAUUUGAUUACACUUGGAUUGUAUUGCCAACUUGAACUAUGGACUAAUCACGGACAGAAUAACUGUAAUAGACCAGUGAAGUCUAUUGAUACCCUAGAAUGACUCUGCCUGACCAUGAAACCUCUGCUCUGGGUAUUAUAAUGAUCACAGUACUGUCUGCCAUAUGUGCCAGCUAUAGGCACUCAAGAAAACUAGCAUUGUUUGUCAGGUUUACUUUAUGAUCAACACACUCAUUAGUCUUACAAAACAGCAACACAAGUUUACAGGAGUAUAAAAUGAAUGAGUGCUAGGCUUUCUGACUUAACUGCAUACAGUGCAUUAGGUGUAAUCUAAUGUCUCUGUAUUUAUAAAUAUUGUUUUUUUUUUUGCUGAGGUUUUCCAUGGUAAACUUUCACAGUAAACAAAUGUUGUUACUGCUGUGCCUUUUGGAAGCUCUACAUUACAACCGUUUGCUUUCCCAGUCCUUUAUUGUAUUUUACUACACUUUCAAAUGCAUUUACCUUAGUACUGUAUAUACUGUAGUAAACUUUUAAGUGGGUGAUAACAGCUGUUGCUGCAGUUUUAACUUGUUUUGUGGACAUUAAUAUAGGUUCUGCAGCAGUUACAUGUAUACUGAUAUAAAUAUACUUUUAUAUUGCACUAGAAGAAAAGAGAAAUGCCAUCAUGUAGUAGCUGUCCAGCAGUGAAUGAUAUGAAUCUAACAUUAUGCAGGCUCAGCUUGAUGACUGAAACUGCUUGUUUAGAAAGCUCUAACCAGUUGUAGUAUUCAAUUGUAGUUGUAAUGUCAGAGAUAGUGUAUCCUCUACAUUCAAAACACAUACAUUUGACCAGAUUUGAAUUGAAAAACACUGACUUUGUUUCUGUUUUUCAAUGUACACGUCCGUCCCAUAUAUCCGCUGUGAAAUGUUGAUAAUAAUGUAUGAGUUUUGAACGCAAUGUAUACUACAUUUUUGUUUUAAGAAAUACCCUUUUGGCCUGCCAUAUUAAUGAUAAGCAAUGUCUUCUCAUUUGUAUAAUGUCAAUAAAAGUGGA